UCUUACCGGCAGUGCGUCUGUUUUUACUCGUUACUGGAAGCGCCCUGUCAUGGGCUCUCGUACAGGAUCUCGUGGAAAAGUGAGAAGCUCCCGCCAAGGAAAGAACCUUGACUCGCGUUCGAAGCAGGGCGCCAAACUUGACAGCUCUUGCCGGAACCAUCCAUUCGACAAUAAUCCAGUGAAGCAUCCUGCUGACCAAUCUUCUGCAGACGAGGAAACGGAACACGGGAACAACCCAACUGUGAAAAACUGCUCGAAGAAAUAUCCUGAGAGCGGAGCUAUAGAAAGCGAAAUGAAAUGGAAAGGCAAACCAUCAGACUACAAAAGUUCAAACGCAGGAAAGCUACCGUCCGAUGUGUCCAAACGCAACGCAGGGAACGGCACCGUUGCCGCCAAUUCCAGGACGAGAGACGUCGACUGCAAGUCUCCACAAGGCAUCCACGAUCAAAACAUACCGUUCACUGAAAACCUGCAUGGAUCUAAGAUAACAGGUAUUGGAAAAAACGGAAGCUUAAUGGAUCUUCCCAAAACAGACCCGGGAGAGAGCUCGCUAAGGGUGGAAGUAACUAUUAACAAGGCUAACGGAGACAAUGACAAAAAUACACAGAGCAUGGGAGCCAAGUCUAUUGUCCUGUCUGUCGAAGGAAUUAUGCGACGCCUUUUCCGAGAAAAGUUCGGAAGCAUUUCCAAAUCUAAACUAGAUGAACUUUCCGGAGGCAACACUGCUUUGGAAAGAAUGACACUGAAGACAGCCCUUGUUACUCCUAAGUCUUCCAAAUAUCCUGAAAGUUCCAUGUUUGAUGCGUCAGGGAGUCAUCGAUCUGCGAAGAAACUGGGUAAGGCAGAGCCCGUGGCCCAAGAUGUGGAAGUCUCAGUAUGCUACGCGGCUAUUCAAAACGAAACUAAAGUCGAAGCGCAGACAUGUGGCGCAUCACCAACAGCUGUUACUACGACUUCUCACCGCCGCCCCGGUGGCACUGCCGUGAGUUCACUAAAUGGUUCCGCGGUAGCCAAGGAAACUAUGGCACCGUCCAUUUGUGAUAAGGCGAAAAAUUUUGCUCCUGCGCCCAAUGUUUCGGCAAACCAGGCUGUUCACGAUGCGAAAGGCGUUUCUGAGGUACAGGAUCACGUCCCUGACACGAGAGAAAGUGUAAAGUAUAAAGACGCGCGAAAGUCGAGCAAGUCUGAAAAGAAAGUUAAAGCCAGGAAGACGUCGAAGGAUACGCGCAACGCCAAAAAUGAAACUGUGGAACGGGUUCCAGAUGUACUGCGUGCAAAACGUGCUGACGAGGUGCGUAAGGUAACAUCGCAGGAAUCAAUGAAGCCGCAGGCGAAGGAGAUUACGAAUGCAGUAGACACUGGUGUAGAACCCGUCCGUGCAGCUACCAAGCAAGACACAAGAAUUUUCACUUGGGGAACACCGAAUAAAGAGGACGUUCCACUUCGACAGCUAAGUUUUUCCACCAAGGGCGUUAAAUUUCGAGAUGACCCGAACGCUGCGGUAAGCACGACAGAUGGGGAGACUGAGGGCGGUGCUCCAUCUUCAGUGCCGUUGCCGCGACAAGGUAGUGUCGUAAGAAUUGCAAGGGACGCCAUCACGCUAAAGGAGGGAAAAGAGGGUAGAGUAUCGCGGAAGAAGAAACGGAAAAAUAAACAUGCCACGGCGGGGAAGACGUCUGGUUCGCCCUUGACUGAGAAACAGCAAGCUCAAGGGGGACAGCAAGACAACGGUAACCGAAAGGGUAAGGCCGUUGACAAUGAAACGGGAAUCGACCAGAGAAAAGGUUAUACGUCAGCGUCGCCCAAUCCGCUCCCAUGGGGCCUUCCAGCCCCUCCAGUUGUUUCUCCAGUGAAUGAAAAAGUCGAAGACGUCAAGUCAGCAUAUUCCCCAGACAACGUGAAAGCGAGCGAAACCGCGAAAGAUAUAACCACCAAUGAGUACCGUGUGAAUGCGCUCCCUGACACAUCACCAGGACUUUCGCCUGUUGGCAGGGAAGCGACGCCAAGCGGUGAAAUGGGUCCCGAGCAAUUACGAAGAGAUGACGUCGCCAAACAAAUCUCAAUGGAAGGAAUGAGACCGCCGCUAAAAAUGUCCGAAGAGUUUUUAAGCUUCGCUUCACCACGUACACCAGCGGAAAGGCGCAUGCUUAUGAGAUCUGAAUUUGAAGAGCGCACCGGUAGUAUUCCCAUACUUGUUUGCGGGGCAUGCAUUCUCGUUCUUCUAACCGUCGCAAUUGUUCUUCUCGUUGUAUAUUUCGUUCUGCUCAAUAAGUCUACAGAGGCACAACCUUGCCCUCCGGGCCAAACCUCAACUCGCCCUUCCUCUGUCUCACCAUCUACGACAGGAGCGAGCAGUAGCAGUAGCAGUGGCGCAGCUACCAGCCAUGCGAUUUACUUUUGUUCCACUGCGCAUUGUAACCUGGAAGGCUCGUACAUCGCGUCAAUCUUGAAUGCGAACACAAAACCGUGCGACAAUUUCUACGACUACGUCUGCGAAGUGUGGGGCCAGAGACAUCCACACGACUCAUCUCAAACGGGAUCGGUUGUUUCCACGGACACACUGUUGGAAGCCGUGAUUGCAAAGCGCUCUAUCCCCAUGUUACAGAAUGCCACGCAAAACGACGUGAGAGUGGCCAGCAAGCUUUAUGAGGACUGCACGGAUCGCUCCAAGGUUGGCACUGCAGUAAUGACCGCGCGCGAGAUAUUUCGACUGUGGACCAUCGGGGACUGGCCGAUAACCGGUACCAAUAGCACCAUGGGUAUAGUGUGGAGAUUCGCGGGCGAGCUCAUUCGAGACCUCGACAUUGAAGGCAUCGUCGGUGUUGAUGUAGGCGUUGACCCUGAUGCACUUACAUAUACCAUUAUAGAGCUGGAAGAGCCUGAACUCAUCUUCUUCAGGGGCGACGAAGCGCGGGCGCCAUUGGUUCAGCUGUAUCGUGAUGCUAUCAUGGAAAUCGCGUCAGAAUUCGGAGUUCACAAUGCCAUACAAGACAAGCUUGCAGACGGCGUAAUGACGGUGUUUGAGAGGAUGGCGUAUAGUGUUCACAACGUUAUCAUGAAAGGGACGGCUUCAGGACCACCUUCAGCGACCGUAGGGGAGCUAGACCGCGGCCUACAAGCGUUGCUGAAUGUCGUAUUUGGAAGCGUUUAUCAACUUAGUCAAGUGACGAAAAUUGUCUUGAAGUCUCCGGAGUUCAUCCGUUUUACACUUCCGGACGUCUUGAACGGUUUGCCGCCGAGUGCGAUGUUGAACUAUCUUGGCUUCCUAGCUCUUGUGCACAUGGCUCCAUUUUUUUCAGACAGAUUGCGAAGCUUGCGGCAAGUGUUCAGUGAGAGCGUCAUUGGGCGCCCCAGUCAGGAUGUAAAUGAUACCUCGACCCUAUGCCUGCGUCUGAUUGACAAGGUUCUUCCCACGUGCAUCUCUAAGGCUUACGCACAGUUCAAAGAUCCAGCAGGAGCCACCAUUAACUCACGCCAAUGGUUUGAUCAGCUCGUGGACGUCUUUGGGCGCCAAGUGUCACAACUGUAUUGGAUCGACCAACUUUCGGCCUUAAUCGUUCACUACAUCCUCCAGCAGAAUGACCUUCUACACUUCCCAUCCAACACUAAUCUCGGCAGCUGCUCACCGAACUACCCGACUCCCCCAAGCAGUCCCCUUCGGUUUUACCACGACAUAUCUAUUCUCCACCAGCAAGAGAAGAUACAAAACAUCAUUCGCCAGGGCGGUUCAAAACAAUGGAGGCUAGAACAGUCCGCUUUUAAUACCAUCGCCACGUACGACUAUUCUCGACACGUCGUUUAUGUCCCACAAGGUCUGAUUAACUCGUCCGUAUCAACCGGCAGCACACUGUUCGCAUUUCACCUUGCUCGUGUAGCAGUCCGUAUUUACCAUGCCCUCGUGGAAAUCCUCCUCGAUGACAAUAUUUACGUGGGAGACGUUCCGAUUCGGUUCACGCAUGAGUCUCAGCGCAGGCUUUCUGAUUUGAUGAACUGCUUGGAGCGCGAUCUACGCCACUUCCCACAUUCUCUGGGCCCCAAUAGAUUGUUGAUGGACGCUGCUUCAAUACGACGCUCGGCGCUGAUUCAAACGACGGCCGUGUACCUUGGUUAUCGUGCCUUCCGGGAGCUCUUACACGCACGCCGUAUCUGGCAUCUAGACUUCCGAUUUCAAACCCUUCCAACGAUAUCCGAUGACCAGCUUUUCUUCAUCUACUUCGCGCUGGAUAACUGUGAAUCUGGUGACGAUGUGUAUCACUGGAAGAAAGCUCGUGCUUAUCUUCCGGCGCAGCAUCAAGUCAACCUUCCAUUGAGGCAUUUACCCGAGUUUGCGAGUGUCUUCUCUUGCGGUGUCGGUUCCGCUAUGGUUAUUCCGGAGUCUGCAAUGUGCGAAGUGGGCCCGUCCUUCUAGGCACACUUAUACAUAUCACAAAACAUCGUCAUCAUUUUCGUGUUCUACUUUUUAUUCAA